AUGAGGAGCAGAGCCAUGCAGGCGUCUGUGGAGUCCAUCAUUGGCCACGUGCAGGACCACAGCUCCUCUCACAGGCCUGCUGUCUACAAAUGUAGGGAUUUAACGCACCGAAACAUCUGCAGUUUCAUCGGGGCCUGUCUAGAGGCUCCCCAGCCCUUCCUCCUGACUGAGUACUGUCCCAAAGGAAGUCUGCAGGACAUUUUAAAGAGCGAGUCAAUCAAGCUGGACUGGAGUUUUAAGUACUCCCUCCUGCUGGAUAUCGUGAAGGGGAUGGACUACCUGCACUGCAGCCCGCUGCGCUCCCAUGGUCACCUGACCUCCAGGAACUGUGUGGUGGACAGCCGCUUCGUGCUGAAGGUGACGGACUUUGGCCUCAGCCCCCUGAGACGAGUGGCCUCCACCAUUCCCCCCGACAGCCCUGCGUACCACCAGGCCCUGCUGUACAGGGCCCCAGAGCUGCUGAGGCAGACCAUGCCUGCUAACGGCACCCAGAAGGGAGACGUCUACAGCUUCAGCAUCAUCAUCCAGGAAGUCGUGUACCGCCGUGGGCCCUUCUACAUACCAAACACCAGUCUCAAGCCCAUAGACAUCGUGAGGAGGGUGCGGGCGGAGUGCAGGAGCCCGUUGAGACCGCACAUAGACCCGGCCGAGUGCCCCGAGGAGAUGGACGCCCUCAUCAGGAGCUGCUGGACAGAGAGGCCUGCUGACCGGCCCGAGUUCUCCUCCCUCAGAGUCACCAUCAAGAAGCUCAGCCCAACCGGGGGCAGUGAGCACAUCAUGGAUGACCUGCUGUCCCGUCUGGAGCAGUAUGCGUGUAACCUGGAGGAGGUGGUGAGCGAGCGCACGGCACAGCUCCUGGAGGAGAAGAGGCGGGCUGAGGGCCUCCUCACGCAGAUGUUGCCACGGUCUGUUGCCGUACAGCUGAUCACUGAAAAGACGGUGCGGGCUGAGACGUAUGACUGCGUCACUAUUUACUUCAGCGACAUAGAGGGUUUCACCGCCAUGUCUGCUUCUCUUACCCCCAUGCAGGUGGUGAAUGUACUGAAUGAUUUAUAUACUUAUUUUGACAACAUCAUUGACAACCAUGAUGUUUACAAGGUGGAGACCAUUGGCGACGCCUACAUGGUGGUGUCUGGUCUUCCUAUCAGGAAUGGAGAUGAGCACGCUAAAGAGAUAGCCAGCAUGUCGUUAGCCAUAGUGCAGGCCAUGGCCCGCUACCAGAGUCCCCACGUGCCGGGCCAACAGAUGAAGGUCCGCAUCGGACUGCACUCAGGUCCCUGUGUAGCAGGUGUGGUGGGUCUGAAGAUGCCGCGCUAUUGCCUAUUCGGAGACACAGUGAACACUGCGUCCAGGAUGGAGUCACACGGCCUGCCGCUGAAGAUCCACAUCAGCGGCUCCACUAAGGCUCUCUUGGACACGUUCGGGACGUUCCACUGUGAGCUGAGAGGAGACGUCCUCAUGAAGGGAAAAGGGCUCGUGAGGACAUUCUGGCUUUUGGGAGAGGACCAGUAAAAAUGUUUUUCCAGCGUAAUUUCAUUUUCUAUCCAUCGAAAGCAAUGGCCCGUUUUUUCCAGGGACACAAUGUCUUGUAGAGCAACUUCAUUAGUUAUCUCUCUAUUGGGUUUGCUGCACAGUGCCAUGGUCCAGUGCAUGUUGUGCUAGAUUGAAGUGAUUCGGAGCUGUUCUGAAAAUUACACAAUCUUUCUACUCUCUUUCACUUUAAGAUUACUGUGCACCUGAUUGCAUAAAAAUCUAAUUACGGUUCACCUUGAAAUUAUCAAUUUCUGU